AUGGGUCGUGUUAAACUGGAGAUAAAGAGAAUAGAAAACAACACAAAUCGACAAGUUACAUUCUCAAAGCGUAGAAAUGGGCUCAUUAAGAAAGCCUAUGAGCUUUCCAUCCUUUGUGACAUUGAUAUUGCUCUCAUCAUGUUCUCUCCCUCUGGUCGUCUCAGCCAUUUCUCGGGCAGAAGAAGGAUUGAGGAUGUGUUCACUCGUUUCAUCAAUCUCCCUGAUCAAGAAAGAGAACAAUCUUUACAUCCUACAGAGAAGGGCAGGCAUUUUGAUAUUCAAAACAAAGAGCAUUUGCUUAGGACCUUACAGCAACUAAGGAGUGAAAAUGACAUUGCUCUUCAAAUUGCCAAUCCGACGGCUGUUAACUCUGAUAUCGAGGAACUUCAACAGGAAAUUGGUAGAUUACAGCAACAACUACAAAUGGCUGAAGAACAGAUAAGGGUAUAUGAGCCUGAACCAACAAAAAUCGCAUCUAUUGAAGAGCUCGAAUCCUGUGAGAAAAAUCUAGUUGAUACCAUGACACGUGUUAUGCAGAGAAAGGAAUAUUUGCUGAGCAACCAUCUAUCUACUUAUGAUCCAUCCAGUUUACAGCAAGGGAUCACAGCCUCUUUCGAAAAUGAAGUCGUCAAUUGGAUGCCGGAUGGUGGACACAGCCAUGGACAUAUUUUUGAUGCAUCUACUUCUCUUAGUCAACUAAGGGAGCUAUCAUCCACAGUGUAUGAUCCCUUUUCGCAAGGAACAAGCUCAAACACGGACCCACGCAGCAUGGGCACAAACCCAAGUGAAGGAAACUUCACAUCUUGGUCUCAAGCCUACAACUCAACCGGGCACCAGCACCAGCAACAGCACCACCACCACUCCACCGCUCUCUUGUCACCGACUUUAUUCCCUCACAUUCAGCAUGGAAUGGUGGGACCAGAUAUAUCUGAGAUGAUGCGACAAGAGCAAGUGGAGAUCCCAUUAAAUGGCUCGCAUGUUCAAGUGGACAAUGAAGUUGCAAAUUAUGACUCCAAAGUUCAUCAGCUUAAUAAUAUGCAAUGA